AUAGCUGAGUGAAGCAGUUGGCAACUACGGACAAGUGUCAGUUCAGUUUCAUCGCUGCUGUCAAAUGUGGAUGGUGUUUACGUUUUGUAAAACUAUUUUUGUGAUCGUUUUGCCUAGUUUUUGUUAAUUAUUAUUAUUUUUAUAACUACGCUUUACUUCGUAGUUUUUAACGGUGCAAUAGAAUUGUGAUAUUACCAUUGAAUUCCUUAGAACCAUGUCAGAUGUCAAGAGGUGAAUAAUUUUGUGUUUAGUGUUAGUUGUGAGUGACGGUUUUUGAUAUUUUUUUCGGAUUUGGACCGAUAGCUGAAAAGGUAUGGGCAUGGCAAUAAUACUACAUACACAGUAAGGAGAAGGUUAUCAAAAGUGGGAUGAACACCGUUGGAGCCUCAAGAACACAGUGCAAAGUUGUGUGAGUGGACCCUGAUGUGGUUGUGUGCGUGAGUGAUACCAAGUGUCAUGUGUCAGUCAUGGCGCGCGCUGGCGCUGCUCGCGGUGCUGGGGUGGAGCGGCGCGGUGCGCGAGAGCAUGUACCACAACCAGUUCGCUGUGCACGUGCCCGCCGGGGCGCAACACGUGGAUGACAUCGCCGUGAGGCAUGGGUUCGUCAACCACGGACAGAUCGGCUCACUCAAGGGGUACUAUCUGUUGUCACAUCACGAGGUCCGCAAGCGCUCAACAGAACCCAGUCAUGAUCACCACAAGAAACUAAACGAUGAACCACAGGUACACUGGGUCCAGCAGCAGCGAGAGCGGAGGCGAGUCAAGCGUGACUACUCGCCGUACGAAGGCAUCUGGCCGCGUCGCUUGCAAUCCCGCGGCCGGCUUCAGCACCCCCGCGCUCUCACCUCGGCGGCAUUCUUCCCUGACCCACUGUUCAAGGAGCAAUGGUAUUUGAACGGUGGUGCAAAAGAUGGGCUAGAUAUGAAUGUGUCACCAGCUUGGCAAAAAGGCUACACAGGCAAAGGCGUUGUAGUAUCAAUCUUAGAUGAUGGAAUACAAACAAAUCAUCCCGACCUUGCCCAAAACUAUGAUCCUAACGCAUCCACCGAUAUUAACGGCAACGAUGACGAUCCCAUGCCACAAGAUAACGGCGAUAAUAAACACGGCACGAGAUGCGCUGGAGAGGUAGCUGCCGUUGCAUACAACCAGUACUGCGGAGUAGGCAUCGCUUACAACGCCAGCAUAGGCGGCGUGAGAAUGUUGGACGGUGUAGUGAACGAUGCCGUCGAGGCUAGGGCCCUGGGGCUCAACCCGGACCAUAUUGAUGUGUACAGCGCCUCGUGGGGACCUGAGGAUGACGGUAAAACGGUCGAUGGACCGGGGCCGUUAGCACGGAGAGCAUUUAUUUACGGAGUCACGAGCGGCCGCAGAGGUAAAGGAUCUAUCUUCGUAUGGGCAUCAGGAAACGGUGGACGACAUACAGAUUCUUGCAAUUGCGAUGGUUACACUAAUAGUAUAUUCACGCUAUCCAUCUCGAGCGCUACUCAAGGAGGAUAUAAACCCUGGUAUUUAGAAGAAUGCUCGUCAACUUUGGCAACAACAUACAGUUCAGGCACUCCAGGCCACGAUAAGAGUGUAGCCACUGUUGAUAUGGAUGGAAGAUUAAGACCUGAUCAUAUUUGUACUGUAGAACACACAGGUACUUCUGCGUCCGCUCCCCUCGCCGCUGGAAUUUGUGCUUUAGCGCUAGAAGCUAACCCAGACUUAACUUGGAGAGAUAUGCAAUAUUUAGUAGUUCUAACAUCACGCCCUCAACCUUUAGAAAGAGAAACGGGCUGGAUAGUCAAUGGCGUCAAAAGGAAAGUUAGUCACAAAUUCGGAUAUGGCCUCAUGGAUGCAUCUGAGAUGGUGAAUUUAGCAGAAGAAUGGGUGUCAGUUCCUCCUCAACAUAUCUGUAAAUCUCAAGAAAUCAACGAAGACAAAUCAAUCGAAUCCACUUUUGGCUAUACGUUGUCGGUGCAUAUGGACGUGAAUGGCUGUGGCGGUACUGUCAACGAAGUACGAUACCUAGAACAUGUUCAAUGUAAAAUAUCGUUAAGAUUCUUCCCUCGCGGUAAUUUGCGUAUAGUACUUAAAUCCCCUAUGGGUACUGUAUCGACUUUGCUUUUUGAAAGGCCACGUGAUGUAGUGAGCUCGAACUUUGACGAGUGGCCGUUCCUUAGCGUUCACUUCUGGGGUGAACAAGCAGAAGGCAGAUGGACGUUGCAGAUCAUCAACGGCGGCAACAGACACGUGAACCAGGCGGGUAUACUAAAGAAAUGGCAACUCAUAUUUUAUGGAACAAAUAUUGACCCAGUGAGAUUACGUAAUAAGCGACCAUUGUCCGGAUCCCCUCCGUUAGCGUUCCCAACUGCCGCAGACGGUUACGAAGCUAUCGGGGAUUCUUUUUACAACACUGACGCGUUUGCCAACUAUCAGAACUUUCCGACACUAUUCGCCGCCGGCUCAAACCCGGAGAAGGCGGUAGCUCGGCUCGACGGACACAACGUCCCUUCACCGCAGGGGGAGAGUGUCCUGGCUGAUAGCAACGACAGGCGCGUCGUGCAUGACUGUGAUCCCGAAUGCGAUUCUCAAGGCUGCUAUGGUAAAGGUCCUACUCAGUGCAUUGCUUGUAAGCACUAUCGAUUGGACGACGCCUGCGUUUCACGGUGUCCCCCUAGGAGCUACGCUAACCAAGGCGGAGUGUGCUGGCAGUGUCACGAAUCUUGUGAGACGUGUGUCGGACCUGGAUUGGACUCUUGUUUGACUUGUGCGCCUGCUCAUUUGCUAGUAGCAGAUUUAGCAGUUUGCUUGCAGCAAUGCCCAGAUGGCUAUUGGGAGGACAGUGACUCUUCAGUUUGCCGUCCGUGUGCUGCUCAUUGUGCGACUUGCUCCGAACGAGCGGACUCUUGCAAUUCCUGCGAUCACCAUUUGCUACUUCACAGCGGUACAUGCUUGACUUCUUGUCCUCCUUCCUACUAUGAAACCGAUGACUAUGGUUGCGCCAAGUGCCAUCCCUCUUGUGAUACUUGCACUGGUCCGGGAGAAUCACAGUGCGUUACAUGUUACGCUUCCCACUACGCAAUUAAUGGACAGUGUAACACUUCAUGCCCUUCUGGAUACUAUGCUGAUAAGAAAAGAAGGGAAUGCGUCAAAUGUCCCAUAGGUUGUUCAACAUGCACGAACGGUUUCUGCCUGGCCUGCGAGCCCAAAUGGGAGCUCAACAAGAAAGGCAAGUGCGUGCUGUUGGGUGGCGACCAGUGCAUGUCGACCGAGUUCAUCGAGGACGGGCAGUGUCGACAGUGUCAUUCUGCCUGUGACACGUGCUACGGACAUGACGAAGAACAUUGUUUAACGUGCCCGUCACCGAACCUGUUGCAGGAUAACAACAGAUGCGUCACCGACUGCGCUCGGGGCUUCUACUCUGAAGCGGGCCGCUGCGCACGUUGCACUCACGGCUGCUCAGCGUGUGUGUCGCGACUCAACUGUACGGCCUGUGCUGGUGCUCUGCGUCUGCAGUCCGGGUCGUGUCGCGCCACUUGUGCUGACGGGUACUAUGCGGAUCGCGGGACUUGUACAAAAUGCUACCUCUCUUGCCGAACAUGCAUAGGGCCGCGGCGAGACCAGUGUGCUUCGUGCCCCGCAGGCUGGAGGCUUGCGGCCGGCGAGUGCCAUCCUGAAUGUCCGCAGGGUUUCUACCAAACUUCAGAUGGAUGCCGUCGCUGCCACCACUACUGUCGCGAGUGCGACGGCUCCGGCCCGCUCCACUGCAAGUCUUGCCCGCCUCGCUUCAUGCUCGACGGCGGGCUGUGCAUGGAGUGCCUCGGUUCGCAGUACUAUGAUACGAGCACCGGCAUGUGUAAAGCGUGCGAUGCUAGCUGCAGGACUUGUUCCGGCCCUGGACAGUUUAGUUGUACCGCGUGCUCCAGGCCGCUGCGGCUCGACAGGCUCAACAACCAAUGCGUGACGUGUUGCGCGGACCGAGGCACUGCCGCCAACUCAACGGCUGUCGACUGCUGUCACUGUCACCCUGAAACAGGGGAGUGCAUAAACUCAUCCGUGGCGGGCAAACGGCGGAUCGCCGAGUACGGGGCGCUGCGUACGGAAAGCGUGCGUGCGGCCCCGGGCGUCGCUGCGGUCGUCCUGGCCGUCUGCGCCGCCGCCACUGUGCUGUUCCUGGCUGUGCUGCUGGUGUUACAGGCUCGCACCAAACGCGAGCCCGUGACCCGUUCCCGAGGCGUCGUAUACUCGCCCCUAGCCUGUACCGACGAUGGCGAGGUCUCCGUGCUGACCACCCGCAGCGCUUGCCCCGUCAAACUCGAGCACAAGCUCGAGCACCAACUCGAGCCCGAGCUCGAGCACGAGCCCCUGCUCGAGCAACGCACGUAGCGCGCUGUGAUCAUAGCAGUAAGUUGUGGUACUUCCCACUAGUUCUGUCUCCAUAUAGGAAUUCUUGUGGCGUCAUUUUUAACGUUCUUUACCAAUCGGUGCCCUUUAGCGUGUAUUGUCACUUGUUUUUUGCGCGCGGCCCGCGCAUUUACGUAUGAAAUGGGCCAAUCUAAUGGUAUCUAUUGACAUACGAAUGGUACGUAAUGUUUGCCCGAUUAUGAACCUUAUCCAUUAAGUAUUAAGGUUUAUGGAACAAAUGGGAAGUAUCCGUUUGUACACGUGGAUUACUAGUGAAUCCGACGUGGAACAAAAGCGGGAGAGCCCCGAUAGUGUAAGUCACAACGUUAGUUAUACGAAUUUGAAUUUGGAUUUUUAUGUAUUGUUGAUAUUUUAGGGCCUAUCGUGUUUUAGAGCAUUGUAUGUGUGGGCUUUGAGUAUUUCAGACUAACGUUUUUCUCUAUAAAACCCGUUUGGAAUAUAUGCGCUUAUUACACUAUGUUCGCUAGAACAGAUGACAAGUUCAUAAGCUGUUCAAAGAUAAGCGCAAGUCAUACGCGUUUUAGAAACGAGAAAAAAUGGUAGUUUGAAAAUGCUUUAUAUCCCGAAAAGCGCGCUGUAAAAAGUUUUUAAAAUAUCCGAUUGGUUUACAAAUAACUAAUGCAUAAUUAUAUCCCCUAAAAGUUCACGACCGGUACUUCUGUGCCCAAUUAGUGUAUAUAUAAUUAUAGCUAGCUAGAUAUGAAUUAUAAAUAUUAUAAUUGAACAAAAUUAAAAUGUGGGGAUCAACGCCCUCUGUUAUACCUACAUCGGUAUUGUGAUAUGGAUUAUCUACCUGUAAUAUUGAUUAGCCAAAUGUUUGCUGUUGCCUUGUUUGCGUAAUACAAGUUUCUCGUGCCUACCGUGUGUACUCUGCUUUAAACUUGUUUAAGCUUUAAGCAUGUUUCCUUGACGUGUUUAUGUUCGAUCAGUUCUAUAAUUACACUUCGUAUAUAAAUACUAAAUCGGGAAUCUACUUAAUCAAGUGAAAUUAAUUUUACAUGAUUGUUACAUGUGCUCGGCAAAAUAUUUCAGACCUAUUUAGGUUUUAGAAGUGGUUAACACUAUGCAGAACUACUUCUAAUUAUAACUUUUUGUUUACCACUGUUUAAGUGAAGAACCGUUUAACCGUUGCUUUUCCGAGUAGGUACUGGACUUAACUUUCUGCUUUCAAUUUUAAUUUACCAAUCGUAAUGUAACAUUGUCAAACUUGGAUACAAUGUCGCUAAGUACCCCAGCGUCAAGUCAAGAAUAACCUACAUUUGAAACUGAUAGUCAAACUUGGUCUGGUAGCCAACUACGACAAAGUUUAGUUAGUCACUUUCAAUGUUAUAUCUCUUUGACCUCGCUUUCAAAUUUAGCAGAUACUGGCACUACAGUUUCAGUGAGUGAUAUAUUAUCUUAUUUUAAGCAGCAGCAAACAUGGAGGGCGAAACAAGCCAUAGUCGAUGCCAGAUGAUUCGUAACAUGUAAGACGAGUCGAACUCAUUUGUAUACGUCACAAUCGCAUCGCUUCUCAAAUGCCUAAGCUUAAUCACAUACAACUGAACUACGAAAUGCAUGGAUUCUCAAACGUUGGCAGUUGAAUACGAACACAUAUGGUAUUGUAUCGGCUCUGAUGAAGCUACAUUUGAUACCAAGAAGCAUUGUUCAAUGUUCAACUGCGCAUGUCUAUUAUAGUUCUGUUGUUUGUGGCUUAAUAUACUUUUAUGUAGUACGUAGGACACAAAGUUACCAUAGUUAUUAUUUUAAUGAAUUGUACAAUUUAUUCCGUCAGCCCCGUAUGAUGUUUAUUAGGAAAAAAUAUAUUUCGCUCCCGUAACUCGUUUUCUCUUAGUUGUGAAGUCUAGUUUUAGUAUAGUUAGUAAAAUUAUAAUCGCUUAUUUCGUAAUGCCAUGCUGUGUGGACAUUUUAGCAUUGAUUUUGCAUUAGGGCCUUAAUCCACUUACUAGUGGUGGCGCCAACGACCGCAGUGGGUGGUUGCCUGCCCUGGCGUUAUGAUGCCAAGCACCCGUGGUAAAAUGCGAUUUUAAAAUAUUCAUGAUAACCUUUGCAACUUCAGACCGACUUCGGAACAUGAUAUUUUACUCAGGCCAUGAAAUCGUAUAAAUUUGCGCUUUAUUAUUAUUUUGCUCUGAGCAAAAUUGGACAGAUUUACGCUAAAGUUAGUUUGAGUAGGUGAAACACAGUUUAUUUUAAAUGUGGGGAUAUAGUAUUACAAAAUCCUUAUAGUAUUCCACUUAUCUCGACGAUUCGCUUACAUAAUAAUCCUAAUAUAAUUUAUAAUUUCUAUAACCUCUUAUUUAAAGAGUAAUGUCACAAACUAUUAUUUAAAAAUAUGGAUUAGAUAUAGUUUAUCAAAACAUAUUUUUGAAAUCCACAAGCAGAGUUUACAUUAACGUACUAAUAUGUUUUCUUAACUCCUUGAACCAAAUUUUACGCCCUUAAUUUACGAAGCUAUUCUAAUCUGGCCUAUUGGUUGUAAUAUGGGACGUAUAUAUGAUAUGGGAUCCUAAUAUUUUUAACAGACUAUAUUUGUAUUACUUAAUUAAUUGAUGAGUGAGGGGUAUCUAAAGUGUUUUGGUCAUACGUAUGAGAGCCAAACUAAAUUUAACUAAAUAAUAAAAUUCUGUAAGAUUUUUGUUCAAGUUCAAAGAGUUAAGAGCUUGCUUAAUGUAAACGCCCCUUGCAUGUAAAAUUUAUAAAAUACUAUCCAAUGUCUGUAGUAUUUUAACCGUCGCGCGAAGUUUUUUGAAACUAAGAAAUUAGUUUAAAGGCCGACUAUUGUAUGGUAAUUGUAUGCUUCAUCUAUAAAGUUGGCUUUAGUGGAUGCUUUUUAUAAGUUCGAAUAGCUUCACGCGACGAUUCUGAUUGAUUUGUACAUGUCGUUAUAUUAAGUUUGGAUUUAUUAUCGAUCGCAAAUCAUGUCAAAGCAGACACUUGUAAUUCAGCCACAGUAGGCAGAAUAAUCAAAGAUGAUACGUUACCACUCCCAUUAAACAUGUAAAUAACUGUAAUAAUUGUUAACCUAUUGAUUAAAUGUGAUUACAAAUGACAAUUUACUAUUUUGAAGGAUUGAUCACACUGUUAUACAGUUUGCUGUGUGAACGACUUUUGGGCUUCGGUAUGAUCGAUCAUUUAGUCACAACACUAUUUAUAUUAAUGGUUCAAGUAUAGCGUUAGUAGCGUUACUGCGGUCCGCCACUUGUUGAAAUGUCUUUAAGGUUUUAUACGUAUUAUACCUGAGUAUGGAUAGAUGGCGUUGUCUACAAAGCGAAAGGGCGUCAAUCAAUUAAAUUAAAAUCGAAAGACACUUCAACAACUCACGUUCUGUAUUUGACUCUCUUUAUUUUUCAAUUGUAUUUGUCAGUUUUGUAAUUAUAAAUUAUACAUUUGAAAAUAAUUGUAUUUGUCUUGGCGAAAUUGUAUCAAUUUAUUUUUAGUUAAAAUUAAUUUUAAGUAGGUACUUGAAUUAUUAAUCAUUUAAUCUUGACAUCUGACUCAAACAGAGUUUAAUGAAAUAUUAGUGCCUACGAAAACUUAUAGUAAGAUGAUUUUAUGUUAGUCAAAACUGUAUUACAUAUUUGUCCGAUGAAACAUGGUAUUUAUUACAGUUUUAUAUAGUUUCAUUUUAAUGGGAAUAUUUUUAAUUAAAACUAUAUUUUUGUAUGAAAAGAUCUUAUGUGCAAUUAUAAAUAUUUGUAAUAAAAAAGUAUGCGUCAA